AUGGCCAGUAAGAAACAUUUUACCGAAAUCGACAAAAAUACAUUCGUGGCAAUAUUAAAAAAGUUUUCGCAUAUAGUAGAAAAUAAGAAAAGUGAUAGUUCCACUCUAAAGUACAAAGAAGAUGCGUGGCAGGAAAUCACAGAACAGUUUAAUAUGUCUGCUGUGAUUUCAUGUAAGAGGAAUGUUGCACAAUUAAAAAAGAUGUGGAGUAAUAUGAAGUCUGCUCAACGAAAUGCAAUUAUGAGAGAAAGACAAUCGCGAUUGGCAAUAGGGGGAGGACCUGCAGAACCUGGAGCAGAAAUAAACCCAGAAAUAGCAGAGAUCGUGCCAUUGUUAAUGAAGAAUGCGCCAACUAUUUUAUCGUCUAAUUUCGCAGAAGAAGAGUUGGCGAACAGACGCGAUGCUAUAUUCCAUGAGGAAUACAUUUUGGACGAUAUGAUCGAAGUGGAUGAUAAGAAUCCUAUUAGUAUAAACACCACUGAAGAAAUUAGUUACAUUGCAACGGAAGUUAAUGAUGAUGGUCGUGAAGAAGAUCAUUGUAUUCUUGGUAAUCGGUCCCUACAAUUCAGAAAUACGGAAAUUGAUGAAAUCGUGGAUAGUAUGCUGCAGCGAAGAAAACCGCACAAAACAGCCACUUCCGCCAAUUUGAUUUUGAAGAAAAAACAUCAAAUCAAAUUUCUCUAA